AUGGUGGCCUCAAGGCACGGCCUGCCUCUAUGGAUGAGCACAGCAGCUAGCAGAGUUGAUUUUGAAGGAAACGUAGAUACCAUGUUCAAGGAUGGCAAAGAACAGCGAAAGCAGCACCAUGCCAUGCGUGUAUCUGAUGCCAAUUUGGGUUUUGGAGAGAGGGCUCUCUCUGCUGCUGGCGCCGCUUUUGUCUCUGCGAUUCUCGUUAACCCUCUUGAUGUUGCCAAGACAAGGUUACAAGCGCAGGCUGCUGGAGUUCCUUAUCAGGGACUAUGUGGUGUGGCAUGUUUUGAAACAAACACAAUGCUUCCAGAUUUGAGAUCUUCCACACCACGCAUAAGUUCAGUACUUGGAUCCAAGAUCGUCUGCCCACCAGACUGUAACCAGUAUAAAGGAACACUGGAUGUGUUGCUCAAAGUCAUACGUCAGGAAGGAUUUUGGAGACUCUGGAGGGGCACUACUGCAAGCUUAACAUUGGCCAUACCAACUGUGGGGAUCUACAUGCCUUGCUAUGACAUUUUCCGCAAUUUGAUGGAAGAUUUCACGACUCAGAAUGUUCCAAAUAUGACACCAUAUGUCCCAUUAGUUGCAGGGUCACUAGCACGAUCAUUAGCUUGCAUCUCUUGUUACCCUGUUGAACUCGCAAGGACGCGCAUGCAGGCAUUUAAGGAAGCCCGAGCUGGUGUGAAGCCUCCAGGAGUAUGGGGGACACUGAAUGGGGUCAUCAACCCUGUCAAGAGCAAUAACCUCCUUCAAAACUUACAAAACUCUCGCAUCUUGUGGACUGGCCUCGGGGCGCAACUUGCUCGUGAUGUUCCUUUUUCUGCAAUAUGUUGGUCAACCCUUGAGCCAAUCAGGCGAAGAAUUCUUGGUCUUGUGGGUGAUGAAGCCAACGCAGCCAGUGUCCUUGGAGCUAAUUUCUCUGCUGGGUUUGUUGCAGGAACCCUUGCAGCUGCUGCUACAUGUCCAUUAGAUGUGGCAAAAACUCGACGACAGAUAGAGAAGGAUCCUGCAAGGGCAUUGAAGAUGACAACAAGAACAACUUUGCUUGAAAUUUGGAGGGAUGGAGGGAUGAAGGGGCUGUUUAUGGGAGUUGCUCCUCGUGUUGGUAGGGCCGGUCCUUCUGUUGGGAUAGUCGUCUCCUCUUAUGAAGUUGUCAAGUAUUUUUUAUACUAUAGACAUCUGAUUCAAUGA